AUGCGGCGUUUUGCUGGCGUUGAUACUGGGGAACCGACUCCGAUUCCAAAUACGCGCGCCUGGUCUCACUCCGUCCACUAAUCCGAAGUAUUUGUAGGUGGGGGGUGAACAAGGUUGAGGCGAUGUAGGAAUUUGGUUCCGCCCAUUCGGAAAUGACCGUUAGAGCUUCAGUCAGAGAGAGGGAGGAGCGGGUUGUCAGAAUAAGCUGUUCACCCCUAUGAUGUUCCAGGAUCUCUCCAAAGGAUAUUUUAGUGUUCCCAGUGAAAGCCAACUCAUCUUUCUCAGAAAUGAACAAUGGUGGUAAACUCCCCUUCACCAUUACCUGAAAGAGCCAUUUAUGGAUUUGUCUUGUUCCUCGCCUCAAAGUUUGCAUUCAUUCUGUAUUUAGUAUGGGCCUAUGUUCCAGAACCUUGGCUACACUCGGUGGGUCUCACUUACUGGCCACAGAAAUACUGGGCUGUGGCCCUGCCCAUUUACCUCCUUGUCGUCAUAGUGAUUGCUUACAUUUUACUCUGUGGAAUUAACAUGAUGAGUACUGCUCCACUGGACUCUGUAGAUACUGUUACAGACAACUAUGCAAAAAGCCAACAGAGCAAACCAUAUGUUGAAGGAGCAAUCCCAGGCCUUCAAGAUGUUUCCAUCAGUGAAGUGAAUCGAAUGUUUUUCCUUUCCUCACCCUAUGAAUCAGCUGGCGAUCAGCCACUUGUAUGGCGUUCAUGUGCUGCUAGGAAAAUGGAUUCAUUCAGUGAGAACUGUAGUGACGCUUCUGACCACUAACGAAUAUGUCAUUAUAAUGUUAUAUGUAUUAUUAAAGAAUAAUGUCAACAAAAACAUUCUGAUUCUGCUCUUGUUCAUAACUUUGUGAAUUAAAGUAUAUUUCAAAAUUCUA